CGGAGCGAGCACAGCGAAGUAACAGGAGGGGAGGGGGUGGGGAGCUCUUGAGGUCAACGAGGGGGGAGCGGGGCAGGAAGGCUCGGGGCUCCUUCCUCCUCCUAUAAACCCACCGCGCCCGCCUACCGGGCUCCCAUUUUCUCUCCCGGGAGCCGCAAUUCCGACCUGCUGCUUCGGUUCAUGCCCGCCCAGUAGAUCAAUUCUACACCAGAUGAUUGUACUCCCUGGGGUAGAAGGGCGUACUGAAGCAGAACUCGGGUGGUGUUGAAUCAAAAUGGAAGGCGGGAUGUCAAGUUUGGAAACUGCCAUGAAAGCUUCUUCGUCGAUCGCAAGUGGUACGGCAAGGAAUGCUGAGCCUGACCAACAUCCUGUCUGUUCCAAUUCACUAGAGCAGUUUUAUUUUCCAAGACCUGGCCAAUCUUUGCCAGGCAUUCCACCAUUCUUUGGGCCUCCCUCCUCCAGUUUGUAUCUUCCUAAUGACAAUGAAGCUAAAGUUGGCAACCAAUUUGAACCAAAUCCUUCACAGAGUACGGAUUGGGACCCGCAGGCUAUAGUGAGCAACCUAACUUUCCUUGAGCAGAAGAUCAAGCAGGUAAAAGAUGUUGUGCAGGCCAUGAGUAACCGAGAGAACCAUGUCGCUGGCGGUUCCUGUGAGCUAGCAGCAAAGCAGCAGCUCAUAACUGCUGAUCUCACUAGCAUUAUAAUCCAGCUUAUCACAACUGCUGGUUCGCUGCUCCCUUCAAUGAAGAACCCACUUAGCAGCAAUCUAGCAGUAAGGCAGCUCGGCAACACUCUUGGUUCUCCUAUGGGUUUUGGCAUGAAUACUAAUCAGCGACCAAGUGUAGACAGCAAGACCAAUAUUCCUGACAGUGGAAAGGUCUCUGAUUACGAGGAACUGAUCAAUAGCCUUAAUACUACCCAAGAUGAAAGAGAUGAGAUGAUCAAAUGCCCAAAUCCUUGUGUUGGGGAAGGGUCUGAACCGACUCCGAUGGAAGACCAUGAUGUAAAGGAGAGUGAUGAUGGUGAGCAUGAGGGAGAGAAUCUCCCCCCUGGUUCUUAUGUAGUAUUACAAUUGGAAAAGGAGGAGAUUUUAGCACCACAUACUCAUUUCUGCUUGAUCUGUGGGAAGGGCUUCAAGAGAGAUGCUAACCUAAGGAUGCAUAUGAGGGGCCAUGGAGAUGAGUACAAGACUGCUGCAGCUCUUGCCAAACCCACGAAAGAUUCUGGUUCAGAGCAUGCACCAGUUACAAGGUACUCAUGCCCAUUUGUGGGUUGCAAGCGGAACAAAGAGCACAAGAAGUUCCAGCCUCUCAAGACAAUAUUGUGUGUGAAGAACCAUUACAAGCGAAGCCAUUGUGACAAGAGCUAUACCUGCAGCCGCUGCAACACCAAAAAGUUCUCUGUGAUCGCCGACUUGAAGACUCACGAGAAGCAUUGUGGUCGUGACAAGUGGCUCUGUUCUUGCGGAACAACCUUCUCAAGGAAGGACAAGCUUUUCGGGCAUGUUGCGCUUUUCCAGGGCCACACACCUGCGCUCCCCAUGGAUGAUGUCAAGAUAUCAGAAGCAUCAGAGCAACAGCAGGGCAGCGAGCCCAUGAACGAAAUUUCGAGGAGCGUGGGGUGCUUCCCUUGCAGCUCGUCUGAUGGCAUUUCAAACCUCGACAUGAAAAUGGCUGAUGAUGCGCGCGGUUAUUACUCACCGAUGAGCUUUGAUCCUUGCUUUGGCACGCUCGAUGACUUCACUCGCCCUGGAUUCGACAUCUCUGAGGACCCCUUCUCCUUUCUGCCUUCGGGAUGCAGUUAUGUACAGCAGAAUGGAGACAACUGAUGGGGCUCAUCGUGGAUGACGACGACAAUGGCGCUGGCAACCUUUAUGUAUGAUGUAUGGCUGUAUGCAUGAUGCUAGUCUGGUUCUUGCUAUGUUUAAGGGUCAUUUUAGGUUAUGACUUUCUUUUCCUUAAGUGUCACUUCAUUUGGUGGUCAUCAAUAAUGAGCACUUCUAGCAUUUCGUAGACUGAGAUAGCCCCAGUUUUCAGUACAUACAUGCAAUUGUUACAUUUUUCAUUUUUA